CACGUUCUGACAAGCGUCCAAUCCCCAUCAUGACAGCAGCGCACGUGACCCCUCUCGAGCUGAGCUCCUUCCUACGGCGGUGCUGAACAGACGGACGAAUUCUGGAACGGGAGAAUCGCCGUUUGUGGUGAAAGCAGUGCACCUGGAGUGAUGGCUUCAGCCUCAAUACCAGCUCUUAACUCCAACCCUCUGGAACACAACUCCAGCCAGAAAACAUCCAGGGAGAGUUUGAAGAUGGAGCCACUAGCAGAUGUGACUCUUCUACCUGGAGAGGAGAGAGUCAUAGACAAAGACAUCAUCUAUAUUUGUCCCUUCAGUGGACCUCUCAAAGGCAAAGUGUUCAUAACCAACUAUAGACUCUACUUCAAGAGCUCAGAGGCUUCACAGGACCCGGCGGUGACCCUAGACGUUCCGCUGGGCGUCAUUGGUCGGGUGGAGAAGAUGGGCGGAGCCUCCAGUAGAGGGGAGAACUCCUAUGGUCUCGACAUCACAUGCAAGGACAUGAGGAAUCUCAGGUUUGCCUUGAAGCAGGAGGGUCACAGCAGGAGAGACAUCUUUGACAUCCUCUUCAAACACGCCUUCCCUGUCUCCCACGGCCAGCCUCACUUUGCUUAUGUGAGUCAGGAGAAGUAUGAGGAGAACGGCUGGGAUGUUUACAAACCCAUGGAUGAGUUCAUUAGACAGGGCUUACCCAAUGACAAGUGGCGGAUCACGUUCAUCAACAACGUGUACGACCUGUGUGACACGUACCCCACCAUCCUGGGCGUGCCUUUCAAGGCCACGGAGGAGGACCUGAGGAGGGUGGCCACCUUCAGGUCACGGGCUCGCAUCCCGGUCCUCUCCUGGAUCCACAGGGAAAACCAGGCAGUGAUCACCCGCUGCAGCCAGCCCCUGGUGGGCAUGUCCGGCAAGCGGAACAAGGACGACGAGCGCUACCUGGAGCUGAUCCGGGAGGCCAACGGCGCGGCCAAGCUCACCAUCUACGACGCCCGGCCCAGCGUCAACGCCGUCGCCAACAAGGCCACCGGCGGGGGCUACGAGGGGGAUGAGUACCAGAACGCGGAGCUGGUGUUCCUGGACAUCCACAACAUCCACGUGAUGCGGGAGUCCCUGAGGAAGCUGAAGGACAUUGUGUACCCCAACGUGGAGGAGGCCCACUGGCUCUCCAGCCUGGAGUCCACGCACUGGCUGGAGCACAUCAAGCUGGUGUUGUCGGGGGCGAUCCAGGUGGCUGACAAGGUGUCGGGGGGUCAGAGCGUGGUGGUGCACUGCAGCGACGGCUGGGACCGCACGGCCCAGCUCACCUCCCUGGCCAUGCUGCUGCUGGACAGCCACUACAGAACCCUCAGAGGGUUCCAGGUGCUGCUGGAGAAGGAGUGGAUCAGCUUCGGACACAAGUUCUCCUCGAGGAUAGGUCACGGAGAUAAAAACCAUGCAGAUCAGGACAGAUCUCCCAUCUUCCUGCAGUUCAUCGACUGUGUCUGGCAGAUGACCAGACAGUUCCCCACGGCGUUUGAGUUUAACGAGCGCCUGCUGAUCACCAUCCUGGACCACCUGUACAGCUGCCGCUUUGGGACCUUCCUGUACAACUGUGAGAGUGUCAGACACCAGCAGGAGCUGCGUUCUAAGACCGUGUCUGUGUGGGCGCUGGUGGGCAGCAACCGGGAGUCGUACCUGAACCCCUUCUACACGUCGGAGGCAGGACGUGUGCUCUACCCCGUGGCCAGCAUGAGACACCUGGAGCUCUGGGUCAGCUACUACAUCCGCUGGAACCCACGCAUACGCCAGCAGCAGCAGGGUCCGGUAGAGCAGCGGUACGUGGAGCUGCUGGCUCUGAGGGACGAGUACCUGAGGAAGCUGGAGGAGCUGCAGCUCUCUGACUCCGCCCCUUCCUCCCACCUGGCCAACAGCUCCGCCCCCUCCCCCUCCUCCUCCGCCGCCUCGCCCCCCCCCGCGCAGCACGUCACGCACAUGCACACGCCCUUCUGAUGAGGGGGGGGGGGGGGCAGGGGGGCAACACGUGUCUGGUCUCAAGUAAACAUACACUCUCUCUGUCUCUCUCUCCUCUCUUUCUCUGUAUCCCUCUCUCUCUCCUCUCUGUCUCUCUCUCU